ACCAGUGACUGGAAACAACGUCAGCGUGCCAUCACGCGUCUGGAGAGCGCGCGCUCCGUUGGCAGCCACGGGUCCCCGGAGGAGAGGAGAGGACGACGAUGAUGAAGAUGGUGGUAACGAGGAGGAGCGCGUGAAGCCGUCGUGCUGCUGCGACUUGGGGAUUUACACUCAGGACGGUGGAUUUGAUGGAUGGCUGCGGUCCUCGUUGUUGUCAUUCCUCCUGAGAGAGACACAGAGACAUGGGGGACCGUCAGCGGCGGACCCGGAGACUCGGGAGCCUGACGACCAAGUCCCUGGUCUCCAAAGAGACGAAACUCCGGUUGCGCGUGAUCUUCCUGGAUGACAGCGAGCGCACGUUCGAGGUGGAGCAAAAGGUUUUAGGCGGCGACUUCUUCAACAAAGUGUGUGGCCAUCUGAAACUGCUGGAGAAAGAGUACUUUGGACUGGAAUUCAGACACCACAGCGGCAACUACGUGUGGUUAGAGCUGCUGAAGCCGCUGGCUAAACAGAUUAAAUACACCAACGAUCUGUUCUUCAGGUUUAUAGUAAAGUUCUUCCCACCAGAUCCCGGACAACUAAAGAGAGGCCUCACCAGGUAUCUUUUUGCCUUACAGAUAAAACAGGACUUGUCUAACGGCAGUUUGACCUGUCAUGACAACAGCGCCGCCCUGCUAGUCUCUCAUAUACUGCAGUCAGAGCUAGGGGACUAUGACGAAGAGCUCGACUGUCACCAUUUAGAGAUGAAGCAGUAUGUCCCCAACCAGGAAUACCUAGACCACAAGAUCAUCAAGUUUCACAAGAAACACAGAGGUGCGUCUCCAGCAGACUCUGAUAUCCAACUGCUGGAGGUGGCAAGGAAGCUGGACAUGUACGGUAUCAGGCCUCACCCCGCCCAUGACGGGGAGGGAAUGAGGAUCAACCUGGCUGUCACGCACUCUGGAGUACUUGUCUUUCAGGGAAACACCAAAAUCAACACGUUUAGCUGGGCGAAGAUCCGAAAGCUGAGCUUCAAGCGAAAACAUUUCCUCAUUAAACUACACGACAAAGUUGGGCCGUCGUGUAAGGACACACUAGAGUUCUCCAUGACCAGUCGGGAUGUAUGCAAGUCCUUCUGGAAGACGUGCGUGGAGUACCAUGCCUUCUUCAGACUGGCAGAGGAACCGAAGACAAUACACAAAACACUGCUGUCCAGUAAGGGCUCCAGCUUUAGAUACAGCGGGCGGACCCAGAAACAGCUGCUGGAGUGUAUGGGAUCAGGGGAGAAGAAGCCUUCGCACUUUGAGAGGACUUAUUGUCAGUCAGACUUCGAUCCCAGACACUGUCGUUCUUCACCUGAUCUCCUCACGGAUGUCUCCAAACAAUUGUACGAGCACUCCCACCCUUUGACUCGGUCAAGUCAUGCUUUGGCAGCCCGCAGUCAGGAUGAGUUGGACCCACAUCACCAAGACGUAGACGACAUCGAAAUCUGUGGAGGAGGGGCUAAACGCAGCCAGUCAUCUGUCGAGGUCACCCAGAGGAGCCUCCCUCUCUCCCAAGUCACUCCCCUCUCUCCAUCUCUACACCAAUCGUCCCUCUCGCCCAAGAUAAGAUCUGCCUCCACAUCUGUAAUGGAGGAUGUGAGGGGGGGGCGGAUCGGGACGCAGCGCCAAGCCCAAAGGCUAGCCGGUGUCUAUGGUAACAGGUCACGGCGUCGGCCCAAUCCCCAGCCACACCCGGAUGCCCCUCAGCAGUUGGUUCUUCUCUACCCAAAUAGUCCUGCGUACCAGUAUCACCCUAUCCUCCCAACAUUCCCAUUAGCUGGUUCCUCACCUUUUAACCGUCACCCCUACUUGUCGGACUAUGUUGCUGUUUCCUCACUGGAGCGUUUCCCGCAGGCAAGAAGGCAGGAUUACGUAACAAUGGAUGGCCUAUCGCGAUCAUCUUUCUAUCCGCUAAGCCAUGGUUCACCGUCCAACUCGCCAAUCAGGAGGAACUUCCGCCCCUCCGGCUCAGGCGGACUGGGAUUGGCUAGGGUUUACCAGCCAGGAAGCAAUGGAGCGAGGCUCUUGGGCGUUGGACAUACGGAGGCGGGGCAUUACAGUGACGACUCCAACUUCCUGCCGGGACUGCCUCGCCGCGUGGCUAGCCAACCAGAUGUUAAGUUUCACCUCUCAAGAAGUUCUAACCCCACCUUUAACCCUGCAUCUGAGUUUCGUCCCCUUGGUUACUACCCCCACCUGACACGCCCCUCCAGACCCACCUACCUCCCACUAAACUCCUCCCCUCUGCCUGAACGACCCGCCUCGCUAUGCAUGAUUGGAGGCACCACGGGAAGCUACAGCGAUUCAGACCCAGAGGUUUUCUAUCCGUAUUACUGCCCACCACCCCCGCUGGGGAAAAUGGUACGAUCCGCCGGACUAGCCAGAAUGAGGUUUUCUUCUGGAAGCCUCCAACUGGAUGAGGAGGAAGAGGCGGAGGAGAAAGAGGAGGCGGAAAGUGUUGCGAUGGAGAGAGCAAACAAGGAGCAGAAGGGCGAAGACGAGAUGAAAGAAAACUUAGGAGGAGACAAGACUAAAGGUGCUGCGAAGAUUACUGAAGUAACUCUGUAGACACACAUGCAAACUGUGCAAAGGUUCAUGAUAUGAUCACACUGAAAACUGGCGGGAUGGUUUAAAAAAAAAAAAAACACAAUCGCACAAAAACACAGACUGUAGAUAAAACAGGACUAUUGUAAUAAAUGUGAUGGCUUCAUACUGUGUGUAUGAGAAGUGUCUUGUCUUUAAAGUGUUCUGGCAGAUUAAAUGUACUCUUUUUGCCUUUUAGCGAAAACCUCAACUUCUGAAAACACCAGCUGCUCUUUAGUAGCCACAUUAUGGGUACAAUUUUGAGGAUUGUUAAUACAUCUAAAAUCAUACCUAUGUACCCCUCCUAGCGGACCACCCAAGGUCAAACAAGCUGUACAAGCCUCAGAUGUAUCAACUAACCCGGCUUUUGCAAAGCCAAGGAGAAACAGCAUUUUUAGGUCAAUAGCAGCGUGGCUGUGUGUAGGAGUCCGGUGUUAAUGUGUCUUUAUUUUCUUCUUCUGGCCAAUUGCUCCUGCUUUGUGAAGCAACAGCCUGAAGAAACUUAUGGUGUUAUGCAGCAUUCUCUAAGCCAAAAUGCACAGGGCAAGAAAGAAAUGGUUUUGGACUUUAAUAUGAAGUCUUGUGUGUUCUGUUGCUGUGUUUAGAUGGAUUUGGUAAAGAUUACUGGAUUUUUGGGUGACGUAGCUGGAUUUGUUAUUUUAUAUGAAUGAUUUUUGUGAAUCAGUAGAGAAGUGUGAACAAAGAAUUUUUCGCUUCAUAUAACACAACUGCAUUUGCCAAUAAAUGAUUAUAAAAGGAUGAAAACAAUAAAUGUGACUUAAUAAUAAAUUAAUACCUUUUUCUGGUAUUAUUACAAUUGUUUAACAUUAUUGGGUAAUUUCAACAAAGCAAUCCGAUUAUAAACAAUUAUUUAAGACACAAUGUGGUAACAGAAAUCUAAAUUAAAGCAAAGAUUGUCAGAAACCAUUCAUACCCCAAAAUUUGUCACAAUUUUAAUACAUGCGCACUGAUAACCAUUGAACGAAAACUACUUUGCUCAGUACAACAUGUGCCUCA